AAUGUACAAAACAGAAACUUUGGAAAGCUACUAACGAGUCUGGAAAGGAAGGGCGCUGGGAGCUAUAGUGCAGCAUCUGGGCCUCCUUAACCACUGGCUUCGGGGUCCCAAGGCUUCUCCACACACACAGGAGCCAGCUCCCUAACCCAGAAGAUGGUCAAGGAGGAGCACGAGGUGGCUGUGCUGGGGCCCCCCUACAAUGCCGCCCCCAUGCAGUCCACCGUGAUCAACAUCCGCAGCAGCGACACCUCCGUGCCUGACCACGUCGUCUGGUCCCUCUUCAACACGCUCUUCCUCAACUGGUGCUGCCUGGGCUUCGUGGCCUAUGCCUACUCCGUGAAGUCCAGGGACCGGAAGAUGGUGGGCGACAUGAUUGGGGCCCAGAGCUACGCGUCCACCGCCAAGUGCCUGAACAUCUGUGCCCUGGUCAUCGGUCUCUUGCUGACCAUCGGGCUCAUCGUUCUUCUCGCCACAGGCACAGUGAUCAGCAUACACGCCCUGUCACAGAUGAUGAGACGUAAUGGCUACUAGUUGCUGCGUGAUGCUGUGUCCUGAGCCCUUAGCCCUGCCUUGCUUGACGACCUGACCCCUGGCCUGCCUGCUGCAGCUCCUGUCCACAGCCCGUUUGCGCACGUAUCUCCAUCUCAGCAAGCUCAAUAAAGCGCCCCGGUGUAUAA